ACAAUAUUUUUAUUGUCUGUGCUAUGGUGCACACAUUAUGUAUAUUCUAUGGUGUUCUGUUGUCUAUGUAUUAAGAAUUGUCAAAAAUUGGAAAAUGGCCGCGAAACAAAAUCCUGUUGUUGAAGAAGAACAAACAACAUCUGAUGAUAUUCCACUGACGUCGUUAGAAGAAAGCUUGUUCAGCUCGGAAAAACUUGAUCGUGCGUCUCCAGAAUUGUGGCCGGAGCAAAUUCCUGGAGUGUCGGAAUUUGCUCCCCCGCCAAGUAACAACCAGUCGCCCCCUUUGUGGGCUCGAGGAGUUACCAAGGAAGAUUUUGCCUACAUGCAACAAUUGGGGUCACUUUCUACUAGUGGACUUAUUAUGGAAGUUAAGAAGCUCCAUGACCUAGCUUACCAACUUGGGCUUGAAGAGGCUAAAGAAAUGACAAGAGGAAAGUAUUUAAAUAUAUUUUCUUCAAGGCGACCACGAGUGUGCUAUUCCAAAUCAAAUGCCAAAUAAUAAAAUAAGACUAAUAUAAUAUAUGAAAUUGAUUUUUUCUCUAAAGGUGGCUCGUAGAAUGUACAUGUUUGUAUAUGUUGCUAGAUAUGUACAGAGGGAAGUCAAAACAAAACCAUAGAAUUUUCAUUUUGAAACUUAUAAAAGUAUUCAUACUUUUCUAGGAAGACCAUGACAGAUGGAAAGAUCAUUAUAAUGCAACACUGAGUUAAACAAUAAUUAUUCUAUCUGCUGCACCCUCCAUUGAAUGAGCUGAGGGUGCCCUCAAUCAGUAAUGCAACUAUUAAGUACUAAGGGCUGAUUUUUAAUGGUUAGAUAAAAGUUAUCAUGGGAAUAAUAAUUAUGUGGUUGUGCCACAAUGUUUGUAAAAGACAGUGACAGUAACAAUUUUAUAAAUCGGAUAACAUUCAUCUGACUAUUGAAAAAUCAGCCCUAAUAUGUAGUAAAUAGUUAUCACAUCAAAAUCAAUAAGUUACUAUACUUUUUCAAUUGGGUAAUAUCCAACUAGU